AUGGCCCAUUUCGAGAAAUUGAACGCACAGCGCACAUUUACCGACAAUACCAUCGCCGUCGGGAUGACGCUCGAGUGGCUGCGGGACGACGACUCAAUUUCGAUAUACAACGUCGCCUCUGUCGGUUUCUCGCAAGAUAAUAUACCCCUGGCACUACGUCCAACCCCACUGCAACGCACGAAACCGCAUCACCCGUGGAUCGAUUGUUUCCCUUUCCCCCAGAUCCAGGAUAACCUCAUUGCCGUGGAGGAUAAAUUUGAUGAGUCGGAGCUCUGCAGUGAUUUGAUGGCGUUCUGGGAUACCAGGAAUUCCGGGACCACGCCUUUGGUAUGGGGAUUUCCGUGGGAUUCGAAUAAUUGGGAGGUGAUGGAGGGGUUUUGA